AUGUCCAAACAACUCUCUGUCAUCCUCGGCACAACCUUAACCCUCAUCGGCCAAUUCCAGACAGCCCUCACCACACCCCCAACUACCGCAAGCGAUACCGCAAAAGAUGUCGAGGCCUUGCCCCUCCUAACGAUCUCGUCGAGCGCGCUCAAAGCACAAACCACGAAACUCUCCCUGUUGGCCAUUACCUCUCCCUUCACGCAUUCUGCUGUCGCCACUGUGCUCCGCGAGCUUAAUGAGUCUGUGCUACCGUCGAUUGUGACCGCUUCCCUUCUCGUUACACCGGCGCAAUACACCAAGGCAUUUCAUUCCGAGAUCUUGGCUCUUGUCAAGACAACUUUGACAGAGCUUUCGGCGCUGAUUCGGGAGGUUAAGUGUGUCGGGGAAAAGAAAGAUCAGGAGAAGAAGGAUACAGGGAAGGAGAGCGAUGUGACAAAAUCCGAGAAGGAUGCCGUGAUGCUUGCUACGGGCCGUGUCUGGGAUGCGUGUGAUGCUAUGACCGAUGUUUCGAGUAAGGGGGUCGUUGGAUUUGUCAUGCGCCGCGUUGAGCAGUGGAGGGAUCUUGUUCGCGACGCGGUUGAGGAAAUCGAGGAUUGGGAUCCAGAAGAAGAGGACGAUGGGUUCUUCGAUGAUGUUCUCGGUGAUGAGGAGAAGGGUGGAAGUGACGAUGAGGACGAUGACGAGGAUGAUGAGGAAGAGACGGCUGCCCUCCAUGAACACAAGAAAUCUACUCUUCGUUUGCUCAAGCCUAUUGCUCAGGUCUACCCAGCUAUCAUCAACAACCGGUUGAAGAAUGCCGGAAAUACGCCGUUGGCUUCUUCGUCUGGUGUCAAGAAGCUGGAGUCAUUGAUGCUGAAUCUGCAAGCGAUUCCGGACGAUGUCGAUGAGGCAGCCGGCGCGUUGUACGAGGCUAAUUUUGAAACCUGUGCUGGGUAUCUACGGAAGACGAGGAAGUGUGCCACACAAGCGGUGGAAUUGGUCGCGUCGCCCUGGGAUGCUACGGAAUCUAAGGACGAUGCACCUACAGACAAGUUCGCUACAUGGUCGAAGACGUGGCUCAAGGUGAUUGGCGAGGUCAGCAAGUCAAUUGAGAACUGA